AUGGAUACAGGCCACACGUCAGAUGAGUUGGCUGCCAUCAUGGACCGACAGGUGGAGGGUUGGCUGGCCGGGGAGCCAAACCUCUGCCAAGGCUUCAUGGUGACGGACAACACAGCUAACAUCACCAAGGCAGCUAGGCAGGUUUACGGUGUGAACAUCGCUUGCGCUGUGCACAACUUGAACCUGGUAGUGAAGGAUGCACUUGGCCUCAAACAGACAUCGAAGGCCAAGCCGGAGCCCCAGCGUCUUAAUAAAAAUGCAAAGAUCACAAAAACUGUGAAAACCAUUCAGCUUCCCAGCACUAAGACUUCCAGUGAUGUCCAGGCAGGAACUCAGUGUCUAGUUGCUGGAUGGGGAGCUACAGGCAAUGGAGAGACAUCUGAUACUCUGCGUGAAGUGAAUGUCACCAUCUUUGACAGAAGUUUCUGCAAUGAUAAGAAUCACUAUAAUAAACCAAAUUAUGUGACAAAAAAUAUGCUGUGCGCAGGAGACGAGAAUGGAGAGAAGGAUUCUGCUAGAGGGGACUCUGGUGGUCCUUUGAUGUGUGACGGAGAACAAAGAGGCAUUGUCUCCUUCGGUGGUCCAAAGUGUGGUGAUAGUAAAUACCCUGGCAUCUACACUCAGCUUACAAAGGACUAUAUCAACUGGAUAAAGACCAUCACAGGGGGAGAUACAGACUGAUAACUUGAUUUUAUGAGUCUCUAUCCUCAUUCUCCUUGGGCCAGAUUACAUGUGAUAUUUCUGCUAGCAUCAUUAGCACUGACGUUUUUUCUUUAGUGAAUAGCUGGAUCUCACUCCACCUUGCAGAUUGGGAUUGCAGUAGAAGGUGGGGAGACUUUGCCCCAGCUGCUCUUUCCCCUGGGUGGGGGAGUUCUCAUUGAUUCCUGUCUAUGUAGUAUUUAUUUCAGCUUCUGUUUUGCUUCACAGUUCUCUACUGUCAUAAAUGUAGCUAUCUUAACUUCUGUUUCCACAGAUAGGGAGGAAAGGGAUGAUGCCUCAUCUAAGGCCAGCAAUGAGUCCUAAAUGCUGAGCUGAGAUCUGAACUGCAGUUUCUCAUGUCCAGUUCCAAUAUUCUGUAUAUUGACUCUAUAGUGGUCUUAUGGUUUUCAGCAAGGAGAAUUCCCUCACUUAGGUACUGAAACAUGGAAUGGAUAUCACACCCCUGCUAACUUGGCAAAGAGGCACCUUUUAACGUGAUGAUUCUCUUUAUUGAGCAGGGGGAGAGUAACUGGCCCUAUCCACCCCCAGCACAGUACCUCCAGUGACUGUUGCUGGCGUCUAUCUUGUGUUUCUCUUUAGAUUGUGAGCCCUUUGGGGACAGGGAUCCAACUUAUUUAUUGAUUAUUUCUCUGUGUAAACUGCUCUGAGCCAUUUUUGGGAGGGCCGUAUAGAAAUCAAAUAAAUAAAUAAAUAAAUAGACAAACAAACAAACAAAUAAAUAAAUAAUAUAGAGGGUCAUGCCUAGAGGCGUGAUCACCCGCUGCUUCCAGUCCCCCUUUAGCAUCUAUUUUGAACAUUUAAUUCUAUGAGGAAGAAAUGUCUCACAGAUAUAAAUUAUGGAGAGAGAACUCAUAUACUUUACAGAGUUUAAUUCUGUUUAAGUCAAAGGACAAGUCAAAGGUGAAAUCUUUUCAUACGUUGUCAGAACAGUUGGCCCAACAACCUCCAUGGUGCCAAUAUCUUCAGAUCAGCUUAGUUGUGCAGAAAGAAUUACAAAGGCAAGGGGGGCGGGGGGACCUCAGAGAAUUAACUGAUUUUGAAGACCUAAUAAAUCGAAAGAUAGACCAUAUGUUGAGUGUGAUAUACAAGUUGUUAUUGAAAUAUGAGACAGAAACUGAGCAGAUUAAAGAAUGUAUGAUAAAAUGGAUGCAGAAUAUUAACAGGACGAUAGAUAUAUCGUAUAUUAAUAUUAAAUUUACUUCGAGUAAUAACUUAGGGGAAAACUGGUAUAAGAUGCUUUUUAGGUGGUACAUAACCCCAUUAACAAGAUUGACAACCGUUUCCCAAAGGAAUGUUGGAAAUGUGACCAACAAGUGGGGACAUUCUAUCAUAUGUGGUGGACUUGCAACAAAGCCCAAUUGUUUUGGAAGCAAAUUCUCUCAAAAAUGGAGCAAAUUCUGGAAAUUAAAUUUCCCUUUCUGCCAGAACUUUUCCUUUUAAUUAUGACUAGGCCGUAUAUUUCUACCAAGUUUAAUGAGCUAUCUUUAUAUAUGAUUACUGCUUCUAGGAUUCUCUGUGCUACUAAUUGGCAUAGUUCAAUGAUCCCAUCUUUAGAUGAUUGGUUUCUUAAAUUAUUGGAUUAUGCCUCUAUCUCUAAAGUCACUGCUUAUAUGAAUAAUACCUUUAUAGAGUCAUUUAUGCUGGUUUGGGUUCCUUUUAUUAACUUUAAUACUCGACAAAGUCAUCAUUUAUUUUCGAGAUCAGGGUUCUAUUUGUAGGUUGUUCGGUACAUUUAUUGUAAUUAUUCUUGAAUGUAGGCCAGCGGAUGGUGUAAAUUAAUUUUUUUUUCUUUUACAGUUUCUGACUUGCUUUAUAGUUUUUACUCUGCUUUAUGUUUCAAGAGUUGUAACUAUACCUUGUUCUGCUUUUUGUUAUUUCAAUAAAUUUAUAA